AAUAAUUUCAGGACAUCUUCCGACCUCGGUUAUUCACUUGACGCAGUAAGUCCAUUGAAGGGAUUCCUGCAGAUAGGUUCUUCCUGUACCAUCAUGAAGGACGAUAUCCAGCAUAUAAAAGCGAGUUGUCUUCCUACUCUCCUCUUCAGAUUUAUCUGCCCCAUCACAAACAAUGCGUUUCUCCUCUGCAAUUGUCCUCGUUGUCGUUGCUACUUUGACAUCUGCCAUGCCCCAUGACGAUGGCAGUCUUCUCGCUCGAAAGGCUCAAUGUUCCACAUUUUGCACGAAAAAUUCGCAGUGCCAGGGCUGCCCUAGAGGAUAUUGCACCCCUCUUUUUUGCCAAGUGAGACGCGUUUCUGCUUUGACAUCAGUCCAGUAUGUUUUUUGGCACUGACGCGCGAGUUACUAGUAAUUUGCAGAGUUUUUCGGCGUA